AUGACAGAGAAGGAGGAAGCGGCUACGCCUCCGGCCGGCGAGCUGCUCGUCUGCGGAGCCACAGAUUACUGGGCCAUCGGACGCACCAAAGAUGUCCGCGCGGACAUCUACCCUAACCUACAGCUGCCGCACAAGUUCAAGGCGAUGCAGGGCAUCCGCGUGAGCUUCAUUGCGGCUGGAUCUUCCGCAUUCCACUCCGUCAUUGCGGAUACGGAGGGCAGGUGUUACACCUGGGGAAGGAACGACAAGGGGCAGCUGGGGCUGGGGGACACCGUAACCCGCAACGUACCCACACUGGUGCCCGGCCUGAAGGGCAAGAAGGUGGUGGGAGGUGGCUGUGGACGGCAUCACACCGUCAUCUUCACCGAUGAUGGCGAGUCGUACAGCUUUGGGCUGAACACCUAUGGCCAGCUGGGGUCCGGCGCGCCGGCCAAGAAGCUGGCAAAGGGUGCCGAGGACAUGCACCUGGUCCCGGUCAAGGUGGUCGUCGGCAAGGUGUCGGCUGUGGGUGUGGGUGCAGAGUUCUCCGUCUGGCUGUCCGAGGGAAAGCUCUACUCCGCUGGCUUGCCGCAGUACGGCCAGCUGGGGCACGGCACGGACGGAAGCUACAAUGCGGCCGACAGCAGCGUCAAGAUCGUGUUCCAGCCCCAGUACACGCCCAAGCUCAUCACCGCCCUGGCCGAGAAGGAGGUCACCCGGCUGGCCUGCGGCCAGAACCACUCGGUGGCGGUGGCCUCUGACGGCGGCGUGUGGACUUGGGGCUUUGGCGGCUACGGCCGUCUGGGGCACCGGGUGCAGCAGGACGAGUACAAGCCGCGGCUGGUGGAGACACUGACGGGGCGGCUGGUGGUCCCCCCCGACGCCAUCGUGGCGGCAGGCCAGACCUCGUCCUUCUGCUCCAUCGUGGGCGGCCAGCUCUUUGCUUGGGGCAAGCUCAAGGUGUCUGGAGACAACCUCAUGUACCCCACCCCCUACCUGGAGCUGGCGGGGUGGGACAUCCGGAGUCUGGCCUGUGGCUCCACCACCUUUGCCGUGGCGGCCACCUACGGCGCAGAGAAGUCCACUAUCACCUGGGGUCACUCAAACGGGUACUGCGAGUUGGGGUACGGUCCCGGGGGCAAGAAGAGCUCUGCCAACCCGGACAAGUGCCCCUCGCUUGAGGGAGUCAACACCUACCAGCGCAUGGCCAAGGCAGGCCCGGAGGACACCCUCUCGCAGGUGGCCAUGGGCUUCGGGCACAGCCUCUUCCUCGUGGAUCCGGACCACCCCAAGGUGGGCGAGCUGCCGGUAUGGGACGUGGCCGCAGAGGACGCGGCGGCGCCCGCCAAUGGCACCACCUCCAAGAGCGGCAAGGCGGCAGCCGCGCCGGCGGGCAAGCGCAAGGCGGCGGGCGCGGCCAGCGCCGGUGCACGCAAGCGGAAGUGA